AUUCUCACGGACAUUUGUAAUAAAAAUAUUUUAUUUUUUAUUUUGAAUUUAGAAACAUGCUACAAAUCGUAUUAUCAAAUUACUUGUUUUCAUAAUAAUGGUCCUGAUCCUACUCGGGCGACAUUAUUGAGAACUUCUACGUUAUUGAAUUAAACAUUCCUCCGUUCUGUGGUCAGUCAGCUGUAGUUUUUGACCGAUAUUUGUGACCUUUUGUGACUACUUUUUUUACGAUUUCUGAUGACCGAUUAGUGGUACUGGCCUUGGCUUUGUCCUUUUCAGUUCAAGGAUAAGCCUCGUUUAUAAACAUUUGUUAGUCAUCAAGAGAUUUGAGCGCGUGCAGUUGUUGUUUAACGCGAUGGAGAAGGACAGUAUAUUUAUUGAACGAUUGGUCCAACCUUUCAACAAGAAAGAGAGACUUCUCGCCUUCUACAAGAGCCAGAAAUUCGUAGAUUGCACAUUCAGAAUUAAUGGAAUGGAGGUUAAAGCUCACAAAUUGAUUCUUGCCUGUAGCAGCCCCGUUUUUGAGAAAAUGCUUUAUGGGGAUAUGGCCCAAGAUGAAAUAGUGAUCUGUGAUAUAAGCCUUCAAGAGUUCAAUCAGGUACUUGAUCAUAUUUACACAGAAAAUAUAGAUAUUUACUCUGUAGCAAAUGCCUGGAGUUUAUUCUAUAUUGCCAACAAAUAUAUGUUAAAAGAUCUGUUACAUGUUUGUCUCACCUAUGUGAGAAAUAAUCUCACAAUGAGUAGCCUGGUGUUGAGCUAUGAGUAUGCAGAUAUGUUUGACCUCCUUGAUAUCAAGAAGAAGUGCUUCAAUGAUAUGAUUAAUUAUGUAGAUGGAGUUUUCUUCAGUGAAUAUCAUAUGAAACCUAGUACUUUAUGUGAUAUUUUGCAAACAGUGUGUUUAGGGCAUGAUCAGUUUUCUCUCCUGGCAAAUACUAUCAACUGGUGCAUGGUAGAGUGUGAUUUACGUGAGAUCCCGAUCUGGCCACAGAAUAUUGUCAAUAUCUUAGAAGAAGAGAAUAUUCUACAUUUUUUCAGCAAGAACUGUUGUGAUAAAGUGUUUUGCUCAGAUGAAAUCACUUCAAGAACAUUACCUCUGGUGUAUGAACUACUGGAACUGCCAAAGGAUCCUGAUAGUUCAACUCACCAUGAAAGAACUCCAAAAACCUGCAAAAUUCGCAAGGAAUUUAAAAUAGCUUGUAGAUUAGAUCUGCUUCAUGGUGAAGAAUUUGUCUCUAAUUUCAAAGUUAGCCGUAGUAUGAUUCUGUUUGGUGUUUUGGUGAAUACUCAGAUAGAGCCUCCUCAAAUCUCUAGGGAAAAUUACAAGGGAAGUGUUAGUGUUAGAAUUUGUGAACAUAAUGCCAGAAGAGAUAUUGUAGUAGCAAGGAGAAUUGAGGAUUUUAUACCUUACAGAUCUGAUUUGUAUGUAUCUUUUACAAACCCUGCCAUACUAGAACCAAAUGUAUUAUAUGACCUGAGAAUUUCAAAUACUAAUUUAGAUAUAGAUAAUGGUACUGCCUCUCUACAUUUUUACUACAUGAGUGAUAAAUUGGUUGGUGAAAAUAAAAAUGAUGUGAUUACCUUUAAUGAGGAUAAUGGUAGCAUUAUCAAAGGUAUAUCUUUUUAUCCAGCUUAAUAUGAAAAAUGCUGAUUGUUAUAUUUUUUGUGAUAUAGAUUCUUAGUAAUUUAACUUUGCUAGGUCAAUAAUGUUCUAUCUAUUCUAGUGAGAUCUUGAAUAAAUUAUUUAUUUCUG